ACCAGCCACUAAUGUGUGUCAAUGGUUUGGAGCACACAGACUUUCAAUGAAGACCGGCUUAUUUUGAGGGAGUCCCUCUCUUCUUCUUUCUUCUCCAUUUGGGAUUAUCUGUUUUAGUUUGUGGUAGAAAUCGUGAGGAUGAUGAAACCUAGUCCUGUCUGUGGAGGAAAGUUUAAAGUGGUGUCCCUUCAAGAAGGAGUGAGGAGAAAGUAGGAAGAGGACGAAGAAGGAUAGGAGUAUUUUUUUCUCUUCAUCCUUCCCUACUCCUCUGUUGGAGAAUGGGGGCCGGAGCUCUGACUAUCUGUCACCACAAGGCCGCCGUGCAGGUCAAGGAGGACAUGAAGAAGAUGGUACAGCUCCCCAUGCUCAGGCCCUGGACCAUCACCGGCAGCACCUCCAGUUCCAACAGUGUCGCCACCACCACAGCCAUCGCCACUGCGGAGGCCCAGGGUAGCAGGCAGUUUGGAGUGCCCCUGUCGGAGCUGUGCGCACUGGGCUUGGUGGCGGAAGAGUACGGGGUGCCCAAAGUGGUGCACAGGAUGGUGGAGCAUCUACGCACGCACGCCCUGCAUCAGGAGGGCCUGUUCAGGGUGAAUGGGAACGUGCGGGCCGUCGAGUCCCUGAGGCAUCGCCUCCAGAGUGGUGAGGAGGUGGACCUGCUGGCCGAAGGGGACGUCUGCACCGUGGCCAGCCUGCUCAAACAGUACCUCCGGGAUCUCCCAGAGGGACUGGUCCAUUCAGCUGUACAAAACGCUCUAAUAGAGCACUAUCAAGAGCGUGGCGAGGAAGGCUCGUGGGGGGACCUGAAGGCGCUGUUGGGGCGGAUGCCGGACGUCCACCACUGCCUGCUGAGCUACCUCUGCCGCUUCCUGACCGAGGUGGAGCGCCACCAGGCGCACAACCGUAUGACCGCCCUCAACCUGGCCACGGUGUUCGGACCCAGCGUCUUCCACGUGUCUCCUGGGUUUGAGGCCAUUAAGGAGCAGAAUAUCUGCAAUAAAAUCAUGGCCGAGCUCAUCCAAAACUACAGCAACAUCUUCGACAGCAGCCCCGAUGGAGACCAAGAUGGCCUCACUGGCCAUUUACCGACCCUCAUCAUUGUCAAGGAAGUUCCCUUGAUGAAUGUGGACAGCGAUCGUUCCCCUGCAGAAACAAGUCCCAGGACCCCAAAGACACCGGUUCAUGUCAAGAAAAAGGUGAAGAAGGGAACAGGUGACGAGGUCUCAGUGAUCACACCACAACCCAGCUGCUCUGCCGAGCUGCCCCACAUGAGGCGGCUGGUCCCACAGCCCAGGGGCCACAACCUGGAGCCCAUGGAGAUGACCCCCCAUCCAGCCUCACCUCCCUCAAACACCAGCCCCUCCUCCAGCGUGGAUCUCCCCGACUGCUUACCAGAAGAGGAGCGAGCGAUUUCUCCAUUCUAUAUGAGUAAUCACCUAUCUCCAAUACACUGCAGACCCGAUGUCACCAAUUUUCUAGACCGCACCAUACGGGCAGCGGUACAACAGCAUCUCUUUGAGAUAAACUCCCUUGACUGUCCCCGUGUACCGGGACCUGGUUUGCGGGGACCUGGUUUGCCGGAAACUGGUUUGCCAGAACCUGGUUUGCACGGACGUCGUUGGACGGCACCUGCUUUGCAGUUUCCCCAAGAGGAUACUACUUGCUUUAGUCCUCCGCCGUGGACGUCUAGUGCGAGGCAGAGACGUCGGCAGAAGAGAGAGCAGAGGGAAGAGGAGGAGGGCGAGAGGGAGCCAGAGAGAAGCAGGUCCACGUCGUCUCUCAGGGCAGACCUCCAGAAGGAGAACAUACCGUUGGAUGAGGACACCUAUGAUGCACUCAGCGAGGGUAUUGUAGCUUCUAGACCAGCUAAACAGCGGACCCAUAGAGUCAGGAACAACCAGCCAAACACCCAGCAGCACUGUGUCCCAAAACCCUGGAAGCCCAGGGCCAGCCCCACUCUGGCCCAGCAAGACCAGAACCAGGACACCCCUACGGUACAGGCUCAGGAAUGCUGCGUGGCGGGAAGUGCCUCUAGAUCUGAAGGAUUCACCAUGGAUGACCCGGCCCCCGGGAGGAGAAGGAAGGAGAGCAGGACUGAAAAUGGCCUUCCUCAUCCACAGAGGGCCAGGAUGAAGAUCCAGGAGUCUCCCGCCGUGUGUGCGGCGCCGGAGCGGCCGUCGCGCGGCGACUGCAGCGAGCCGCGAGAGGAUGUUCCCCGCCUGGAGCUCGCAGAGGAGGACAACAACAACUGGGGAGAGCAUUCCUACUAUUCCGCCCCUUUCCUUGAUUUCAAAAACCUUUUCCACCACAGUGUGUUUGAUGAGCCCGUCCCUGCCUACUCGUCGUGGCAACGGGACAACAUGGACCGCGAGGAGCCCCGCCCGUCGCCGCACGCCGGCGGUCAACUCAUCCGCCAGCUGAUGGAGGAGGGCAGCGACCCCAUGCUCUCGCCUCGUUUCUACGGUUACGGCCACUGCCAGUACCUGGACGACACGGAGGUGCCCCCCUCGCCGCCCAACGCGCACUCCUUCACCAGUCGCCGCAGGAGUUCUUCCCUGGGGUCCUGUGACGAGGAGAAGGAGGAGCUGUCGUCCGUUCAGCUCUCCAAGCGGAUCCACGUGCUCAAGAAGAAGAUCCACCGGUUUGAGGAAAAGUUUGAAUAUGAACGGAAAUACAGGCCGUCUCACAGUGAUAAGCUUGCCAACCCAGAAGUGCUCAGAUGGGUCAAUGAACUGACAAGACUUCGCAGGAAUCUCAAAGAACACAAGCUGCUGAAGUCGGAGGAGGACCUGCCACCGCUGACCCGCCAGCGCAGCAACACCCUGCCCAAGAGCUUCGGCUCCCAGCUGGACAAGAGGAGCCCGCAGGAGAAGGCGCCGCUGCCCCCGGCCGAGAGCACCCUGGAGGUGGUGAUGGGCAAGCUGCAGGAGAAGAGGGAGGAGGUGGGCCGGCCGGAGGACAUCAAGGACAUGACCCGAGAGCAGAUUGGAACGGAGAAGCUGGCACUGCAGAAGGCCCUGCUGUACUAUGAGAGCAUCCAUGGAAGACCGGUGACGAAGAACGAGAGACAGACCAUGAAGCCCCUGUACGACCGCUACCGCCUGGUGAAGCAGAUCCUGUGCAGGGCCUCCAGUAUCCCCGUCAUCGGCUCCCCCUCCAGCAAGCGGCGGGGUCCGCUCCUCCAGCCCAUUAUCGAGGGCGUUCCCGCACUGUUCUUCGAUGACAUCAAGGAGGAGGAGGACGGCUCUGAGGAGGACGGGGACUCUAAGCCCUCGUUCCCGGUGUCGGACCGGCCCAACCCCAGCAUGCUGGGCUUCCUUGACCAGCUGGAGGAGGAGGCGGAUGGGUUCAUCUCCCCCGUGGACGACCUGUCGCCCUCCAGGAGCACCACGCACGACAUGAGGCUGUCCAACCUGCACUCGGCCACCAUGCAAGAACUGCUGGAGCAGCUCCAAGAAACCAGAGAGGAGAAGAAGAGAAUCCGCAAGAAUCUAAGAGAGUACGAAGACCAGUUCUUUAGAGAAAAUGGAAGGAAUGUGCAGAAGGAGGACCGGUCCCCUCUGGCGGUGGAGUAUAACGAAUACAAACACGUGAAGGCCAAGCUCAAACUGCUGGAAGUCCUGAUCAGCAAAAGAAACGCGACCAAGUUCAAAUGAGAUGGAACAACGGACGAAACCCUAAGGACUCGAAAAUGAAAAGCGUUGGGUCUCCACGGAUUAAAAAGAAACGAGAGGAAUUCACCAGCCUGAGAAGACAAACCUUUUAUAAACAACAAACACCUCAGCUUCUAGGAACCUGUGUCGGAUCUGUUGUUGGAGCGUUUGUUUUGGACGAGUUUUGUUCUUCCCCUUUUUUGCUCUGUGAUUGCGCUGAAGCGUGCGGAGGUCCAAACCUGUGGCACUUGGGGUCAGUGUUCCCUAGAAGACGUGAGGGAGACCUGCAGGCCCUUGGCUUCUCCCAUCCCCCAGGGUAGAGGUGCUGCUUCCUGUCAAUCAAAACCGACCGAAAUGUCUAAAAGUAGCCCUUAAAAAUAGUUAGGUAGCUAGGUAGAGUCACGUUCAUUGUAGCUAAUUUAUUUCUAUUCCUUUUUUUAAAUGUUUGUUUGUUCUUUUAGGAAUAGUUGUUUCUUUUUUGGCGCUAUGGAAUACAUUUAUUUUUGUUAUGCAUUGUGGAGUCUUAAGAAAAUAUCUCUAAGUAAAAUUAUAGAGUUGGUGAAUAUAUUUUUGAAAGAAGGAUAUAAGAAAAUUGAGUAAUAGAUUGGACGUGUAUUUUUGUACGGGAGACCUCUAUCUGAAUGACUACCAACCGAUCGGUUUGACAGUAUUUGUUCAAGCGAAUGGAUCUGUAAAUGUGAUUGUUAAUUGAUGCCAUACUUUUGUGUGUCUUUGAGUGUGCAACAUUAUUGAUACUACACUAAGAAAGUGAUUUGCUCACACAAAAAAAGGUUUGCCAUGCAGAGCCAGUGGUUUGAUAUCUUCUGUUAAUGUGUCCCAAAGACAAUGAAUCAAGUGUUCAGAUUGCACAUUAAAAUAGCGUAGAAGAUCAUUAUAAUCAAUAAUGUAGCUUGUUCCUUAUUUUUGAUGAAUGGUAAACCUGUAGAUUAUGCAUCUGCUUGUGUAUCUCCCUAAAUUUGUUUUGCUCCCUCUCCUUACCACUUACUUAAUGUAAAAAUAAGCUAUUUUUGUGUUUAAAAUAAUCGUUUUCUUGCUCACGUUGAUGAACAUGAAGAGGCAUUUUACAAUGACUGAUAAAUCCUUUGAAUCCAUUGAUCCAAUCCUCUGCUGCCUGCAAUUUAAGGCUUGCUGCUUUCCUUACACAGCCAUUUCUAUGGCUUCUUGGUUCUGUAAAUACAUCUUUGUGUUUAUUCUCUCCUUUUAUUCCUCCAAAAUGGAUAACUAACAGUGUGAAGUUUGUUUUAUGAAUGUAAACACUGGCGAAUUAUUAGUGCAUUUGGGCGUGUACAUUUUAGUACAUAUUUGUAUUUUGUAAAUACAUAUUAUUAAAGCAAAGAUAUUUUUACUGGAACUCG